AUGGAAACACAGUUACGACCACCACAACAAGUGGAUGAACUUGAGUUACUUGAAGAACUGUUAUCAUUUUCAACACGGACUACAGGAGCAGGAAAAGAAGACAAUGUAGUGAUAAAGUCUCCACUGCUUUGUGCACGGUUUGAUUGCAAAAUAGUGUCCAUUCGGUUUCUUCAGAGUAAAGACGAAAGUCGUGCCACACUUGGGGAUCGUUGUCAAAGUGAAAACAAAAACUUUAACGACUCGUUCAAUUCGUCGUCGUCGUCGAUGAAUACGACAACAUCUUCAAGGGUUAGUGAAACUGUAGCUCCAUUACGAUGUAUUGUGGCAAGAGAAGAUGGGAUGGCUUUUUUGUGGGAGUGGCAAGCAGAUUUGUUUCAGUGGGUAUAUCUAAAUAAAUUAUGCUUCUUGGAAAACCCAAAUUUAAAAUGGACACGGCCGGUUGUGGCAUUUACAACAUGCGGUUUACCGCUAGAUAGCAACACGUCAAGUGUUGACAAACGAGGCAACAGUGGAAAUGGUUCUAAUGGUGCGGCGGAAUUAGUGUGGUGGUCAACAGCAGCUAAACACGAGCCUAAGCUAAAAAUUCGACGACUACGUUUUGAACGCACACGUGAUGCACUGCGGGCUACCGAUAUGGUAGUUGGAAGUGCGUUUAUCUCAAAACCAUUGUGUAAUGAUGUUGUUAACCUACUGAGCUCAAAAUUAGGACUUUUUGCAAUUUCCAGAACGCAGGGCAUAUUCUAUCGAAGUUCAGUGGCUUCACUGAAGACUGUGGCUAUUGAUUGGCACAAGAUCUUCUCGCUUGAUGAGGCAUGCGCGGUCCCCGAGAUAUCACAGAUCAUGGUGUGUGUGCACAGCGUGACUGGCGAAAUUGUGAUUCUGCUCCGCGAGUCUGGUGAAAUUUAUCUUGUGACGCCUAAGCCUUCAAACUCGCCUGCUACUUCCCGCAGUGAUAAACGUAAAAAUGGAUCGUGUACCAUGCUUUUUUCUCGAAAGUUAACGACGUUGGCGUGCUGGCCGCAGCUCAUCAGUAGUACAGCUGAAGACCACAAUGACGAGGCUUUUCAUGUGGUAGAUGUUGCUGCACACCGCCACGUCUUCCUGGUGCUAACACGCAGCUUGCUUUAUGUUUACACGCUGAUUGCUGGUAAACUCCUCGAGACCGUAAGCUUGCCAGCUUCAAUAGCAACUUCUUCUGAGCAAUGCGGAUGCAAGUUUUGGACCAUUUUGGGUAGUGCAAGCUCAGUAGGAUUAUGGGCUCCGCGUGGGUUUUGGACGAUCCGCCUGCCUCCGGCAAAGGUAGUUGCUGCUGCAUUACAUCAGACACAGUCUACGAAACAAGAGAGCAGCGAUGAGUCACCGGCGAUUGAAGACCCCGAGGCAGCGUUUUGGGCAGUGAAAGAUUAUGGCACAGGUGACUUGCGACUAGAGGCGGUGCGCUACGCUCUCGACGUUUUGGAGAGAGUGACUCCUUCGGCAAUGGACCCAGCACAAAGUCAUCCCGAAGCCUGGGAAGCAAUCUGGAACACUGUGUCAAGUCCAGCCUUUCUCCUGGCGCUUCUUGAUAAUCGAGCUACAUCUGAGCACAUUGUUCACGAGCUCACACAACACGUAGCCGUGAUCUACAGUAUCGCAAGUGGCAUCCGUUCAUAUGGACGGUUAGACGGUCCAGGUGCUACCAAUAACAAUGGCAACUACUUGCUUCGACUGACGCCUGCGAAUCUUAAGUCGCUGCAUCAUCUCUCCAACUGGAUCGUUUUGGCCAAGCGUAAGCUCUUGCGUCUGGAAGCAAGCAGGAGUAUCUUGAAGUCGUCGUCUUUUGUAUCGUCUCGUAAAGGUUCUGACAGCAGGAAGUUUCAAGCAAUGGGCGAUCUUACUGCUGUACUCGCGAACGAAGAUGACUUGUCCAUUGCACAGGAUAAGCAAAGUACUCUCCAAAGGAAAGAUUCAAUAGUAGAUCCGGAAGAUACGCGUAAUUUCCGACUUAGCCGGAAAUUGCGCCCAAUGAGCAGCUUGCGCUUCGCUGCUGGCUGUAGUACUAGCUCGGAACAGGAAGGGCGGCAAUGGCUUUUACAGCUCGAGUCUUUCCUCUUGAACGGCGUUGCUUUCAAGGACGACUGUCAAUCGAACGUGAUUAAAUCAGAAGCGACACCAAGUCAUCUAUUGUUCCACAGCGAACGCGUUUUGGCCGAUUUCCGUCAUGUUGUAGCGUCUUCAUUUUCGAAGCACAUGUAUCUGGAGUCGAUGAGCCGCUUGUAUCUAUUGCAUGAGCCUGCGUCCCUGCUUCCGUUCAUCCGAUGCGUCGAGCGUUUCUGUCCUCGACUGUUUUCGCUAUCUGGGCACCAAUCUUUGGCUCGGUCGCACGCGGAGCGGGCGCCUGACGCUUUUUCCUCCCUUGGAGAUUUUCACGAGCAAGAUUAUUGA